AUGGUGGAGAUCUCUGAGGUUGUCACUGUGAAGUACAGGGAUGGACCACCCAUUGCUCUACCAAAGGGGCUGAUCAAUGAAGACCAGUUUGGUGGCAAAUGGCUGAGGCUCAGGCCUUCCAACUUCAGCGUUGCCAAGUUGGUCCUGGGGCACAUGGACCAGUUCAAGACUUUGUCAAACCCAAGCUUGGCCAACAGCCCACAGCUGAAGAUCAUUUGGAAGAAGGUCAAGGGCAAAUUGAAAGAAGAUGGUGAUGCACCAAACCCUUUUGGUGAAGAGUGUGAAGAACAAGAGGACGCCAAGGGCAAGCAGAAAGACAUCCUUGCCAAUGCACCUGCAACAGUUCUGAUUGAGCUCAAUG